AUGGCGUUAAUAAACAGAGGGCUAAUAAACAGCUGCAUCAUACUCCACCCGGACAGUGACCCAGUGAACCCUGACCUGCACAGCCAGUUUGUGAAGCUCAAUGAGGCCUACCAGCUGCUGAGCAAAGAGAGCAGCAAGAGGAUCUACGACAGCUUCCAAAUGGCCCCAGGAGCCCGGCUGGCCCCAGGCAGCCACCAUGGCAGCAGUUCCAGGAGGAGCCCUUUUGGUUUUGCUGAGUCUGGGAAAAGGAGUGCUCCAGAGCCCGAUGAGGACCUCUGGUACUGGCAGCAGUUCCACCAGGCCUCUUCCGAGCCGUUCUCGGGUCCCGAGGUCAAAAGGAAGCAUCGCCAAAACGGACGGCUCUUCGGCUACUGUAUACUCCUCAUGGUGGGCAGCCUGGUUGUCCACUACAUUGGAUUCAGGAAGCUGGAGGACCUUCACAACAACUUUAUGGAUGAGAAGAAUCGGGUCAUAACCCAGAUAUAUAAGGAAAACAAGGAGCGGGCCAGGUUCCUCACAACGGAAUGUGACCCUUGGGCCUGGGAGCCCGGAGAAGAGUAUGCCUUGAACCUAGACUGGGAAGGUUCGCCGGAGAAAUACGUUUCCCGGGACGGUAUUGACUCCACUGCUAUUUCCCUCAUCCGCCAUUACUGA